UCGAGAUUUAAAAAUAAAUACAUUAUUUCCGUUUGAAAUCUAAGUCAUAUGAUAUAUAAUUCACGUGACUGGAAUUUCUGCAGGAUCAGAUCAUAGAACAAAUGUGUGUAGUAAUCAGGAAUAAAAUUAUUGAAUGCCAUCGAAUUCGAACGCGGACACAGAUCUGCACAAGAUUUGACAGGACCUUUGAAGUAAUUGAUUCUCCAGGCAUUUUCGAUACCGAUCAAUACAACAAUAAUGUCCAGAGGAGUUGUUAAAAUCUCUCGCCUUUAGUACACCUGAAUUUUACGCCAUAGCUGUUGUUCUCAAACAGAAUACAGAAGACACAACUUUUUCAACUGAUUUAGUAUAGAAAUGCAAAGGAAGAGUUGCAACAGUAAACAAUUAUGCAUCAAGUAACGUUACCGAUAGUCAGAUAAUUUAAAUGCGCUUUUUCCAAAUGGUAUAAGAAAAUAAGUGUACAAAUCCCAAUAAUCACUUUUCGAACGUUGCAUUCAAGCUUGCCAAGACGUAUGCAAGAAACAAAUGUCCAAUUAACAUACCCCUGAUUCUAUUAACAUGCUUCAUACCGCUAGACACGGUCACAGCGUACUGACAAACAGUAUUUAUACUUUGAUUAUAUUUUAAAUAUUGCAAAGAAAGGAAGCAAAAGAGAUCGAAAAGAAAUGACAAAUCAUCCAAGCGAUACGGAAUCUGACGAUAUCAAUUGCACCGAGGAAACCGACUAUCUGGUACCUAAUCCUUACGGAAAUCUACAUAUAUACGAUAAUAACACUAAUAAACCCAUUUUAAAUACCAGACAAACAGAAAGGGCAAAACUAUUCAAGCGAAAACGCUCUUACAGCUCCACACAACAAUACCUUUCAUCAUCAGACUCCUGUUCAAAUACUCUAACUGAUGAAGUUCCGGGAAGGCAAGCAAGCGGACUGGAUGUGUACAGACUAGAAAAAGAAAAAGAUUGUGAGACGGCAGACUCAACCUCACUAUCUGUUGAAUUUGAUAGAGAAAACAAAGGCAGAAAAGAUGAUAGCAUUCGACAAACUCAAUGCAAACAGAAAGACUACACUUCCGGAUAUCAGAGUCCAAUGGAAAGUCAUGACUGUACACGAGAGAUGCAAGAACACGGAACUCAAAGAAUUUGCAGAAAACAAUAUCGUCCAAGAGCAAACCGUGUCGUUGACCAGAAAUCUGUGCACUUUGAACCGGGAGACAAAUCGCAUUACGGAAUGCAAGGAUGUCAAUAUUCAAAAGAUAUUAAUCCGGGACAGAAUCGCAAGUCACAGCGUUCACGAGCAAACCGUGUAAUUGACAAUUACACUGAUGAGUAUAACCGAGUAAAAGAAUUUAAAAAUAGUAUCAACAAUGAGAACGAAGAGAUAUUGGACAAUAGAAAGGAAACUUGCCUCUGCUGUAGAGAGGAAUGUUGCUGUAUUCUGCUGUAGUUAAUCAUGGCUUUAUAUAAGGUUAGAAGUCACUAAUAUUCAAAUAAUGUUCAUUAAAAAUGUCCACUUGAGAUUUCAUUUACGUGUCAAUAUCUUUACAGUAAUUCACCUUUUCCUACACCUACUUUUUCUAAAACGUUCUAUCAUAAGUUUACGAAAUAACAGAAUGGAUAUAGAGAUUUUCAACUUACUAUAACGCAAACUGCGGACAGCUGACUGCGUACUUAGAGUAGGGGUUUUCUCAAAAUAUUUAAGGAGACCACCCCUAGGGUAAAUUUUCAUUUUGGAUAUUAUACUUGACAAACCCGUAAUAUUCAUAACAUCCUGGAAAUGAACAAUACUUAAUUCUAAUAUUUUUAAAACAUUGCAUUUUUUUGUCAUUUUGACAGAUCUACUUUUACUUUUAUUUUGCAUUUUUGCAUUUUUUUAAUGUAAAUGGUUUGUAACACUUCCAACUCCCGAAGUACCUGGACAAAUAUGUUAGACAUACAAUAAUCAUAAAGGUAAUGACAAAAUACUAUUGAAAAAGAAGCUUGACAUCUUCUACGAAAUAGAACAUGAACAGUCGUAAAACAUUUGAUAUAGGACAAAAUGUGUUGUUCCAAAGAGAAUAACUUGUUUUGAAAGUUUCUUCUACGUAUUACAAACAGAUAGAUAUAAUCUUUAUGAUAAACCAAGGCCUAUGUGACGUAAAAACUGAAACAAAAAUUCACCCGAUGCGUGGUUUCAAAAGGCUUUACAAGAAUCUUAAAGGUUCGCAAGAAAACAACAACAUUCCUUUGGUAUAAUAUGUUUCUUUUACCUAUAUGUGUGAAAGUUUCAUAUCAUUGGCUGGUCCCACAACAGAGGCCGAUUUCCAUAACGAUGGCCGAUUUCGUAACGAUGGCCUAUUUCUAAAUUUUCAUAUCAUUGGCUGGUCCCACAACAGAGGCCUUUAUUGUAGAAAUUAGUGUAUUGUGAUAUACAUAUAAUUAUCUGUUUAUACAAUACAUACGUUUCAAAAUAUAUGGAAAGUGAACAGGCUACAUUUAACACACGUAACCGGAAGGUCUUGGGUUCGAUCCCCGGCCGUGUCAUACCAAAGACGUAAAAAAUGGUACCAGUAGUUCCCUUGCUAGACGCUUAGCAUGAAAAGGGACACCGGCAUCUUCUCUCAUACCCUCGUGGCGAUGGAUUCUAUCAAGAAUAUGGUGUCGAGAGUGAUAAUAUUGUAAUUUGUAGAACCUGUUUCACAAUCGGCCUAAAAUAAAUUAGAAUAGUCGCGUGUCUAUUUUAUUAGUUUCAGUUCAUGACAUAACUUAACGCUUCGGCUCCAUAAAUGUCUACAUAUAGGGUAACUCUAGAUGCAGCUAAAUACUCUGUCGCAUUUUCAUGCUUUUAGCACGUUCUUCAAAGAUCUGUAUGCUUUAACAUUUUGUUUUGAUACUGAGACAUUUCUGGCGUUACCUAUCUUCCGCGCGACUAGAACGACACGAUAUGUGAAGUUGCGAACCCACUAUACUACGAUCAUAAUACUUCACGCAUUAAAAAUACAACUUGAAACAUGGAUUUGAACAAAACCGCGAUUCCUUUAAAACCAGUUUGGUUUAAAUUUAUGUCCGUCCAUACGAUUCCUAGACUUGGUUUCCUAGCAAUAAGAUAUGAAAAAAAAACCCGCAGUAGAACAUAUUAUUAUGAAAAAUAUAAUUAAACACUCUGAAUAAAAUGAACGCCCGUUUAAUUUGUGUUGCAUAGUAUAAAUACUGUGUUCUCGUAGAAUUCUGUACGGAAAAAAUCGUUGUUUCUCAUUUAUUUUGAUCUUCCUAGAAUGUUUCAUAAAAUAGAAGUUUUAAUGAAAUAACUUGAAUGAUCUAGUUCAACACUUUGUCUAAACACACAGGAAGUUCUCAUAGAUGCAUCUUUCAUCCCCGUCGAGACGAGACAUACAUUACCAUAAUUUAGCAAAAACAUCCUGAAUUAGUUAUGUAUCGGCAUGUUUGAAAAUGAAAAAAGGAAUAGCCACUUCGUAUUUUCAUAAUCUGAUAUUAGAUUUUGAAAAUCUGAUCGAGACAGGUUCGAACUUGAUGACUAUGCAUAUUUAGUCUCAGCUGAGUUUGAAAAUGAAACUUUGUCAUUGAUAGCAAAAUUGCAUAUUGAAAUUUAAGUUUUAAAUUCUAAAUUCAUGACUAUUUUCAAGUGACUAUUCAGUAUAGAUUGUCAGUCUUAACUGAAAUUUAAUACUUAAGUACCAUUAAAACUAGCUAUCAAAAUUUAAAUCUAAAACCCAGCUGAGACCGAAAAAAUGUUUUGUGAACAUAGGGCUUGGGAAACGUCCAAGGUCAGAAUUCCGAUCAUAUCCAAGUAUCUUUUCGAACACAUGCAAAUAUGGUAUGUGUUGAUACAUGGCUUCGGGGAACUUGAACAAAGACUUAAACUCAUGAAACCUCUUGAAAGGUCUAUAUUGGUUUAAACAUUUAUAAUGUAGCCAUCAUGUGUUAUCAAGGUGACCGUGAAAGCUGAAUUAAUUCAGUACCGUAUAAAAUUGAGUUUGUAGGGUUUGGAAUAGUUAAGAAUACAUAAUACCACGACUGACUAUUUUACUGCGGUGCAUUAAACUGUCAUGCAUCGUAUCGUGCAUAUUCAAAAGUGUGCGUCGUACAAUAAUAUUUCAGCGCCGCGAGUGAAAUAAUAAGAAACUCUAUGUUUCCAUAUACACUAUAUACAUUUUUGAUACCAAAUAUUCAAUUAAGUAAUAAUUUGUAACAUAUGUUUUUGUGAUCCCCUACGCAUAGGAGAGGCCUGCGUAUCUGUCUCUUCACUAGGAGGUCAUUGGUUCAAAUCCUGGAUUAUAGGGUAUGUUGAUCGUUGAAUCAACAGCCGUUUCCACUGCUAGCGAAUACUAGCUAGAACCUCACGAAAUUGACAGCAAGCAUAUAAAUAAAUUGCAGGACUUCAAACAAAAGAGAAUAAGUUUGCGAUACAAAUCCUCUUGUACGGUGCCCCUAAAGUGACAUGUUACACACAUU